CAUACUGUAUUGUUAGUGUAUUAAAUAUUACUGCAUACUUACAGUAGUUAGAAACAUAGGACUAAAGUGUUCCGGAAGUAUUUUUGAAGUAGACACGGAAGUAAUUAUGUAUCGUGGGCUUUGAGGAUUUACAUGUUAUUCUGUUUCUGGCUUUCUUUUUCAAAGUAGAACAGUAAUGCAGAGAGAAGAAAAGCAGUUGGAGGCAUCAGUGGAUGCCCUGAUCAAUCAGGUGGGCGAUCUGAAAAACUCCUUGGCUGGCUUUAUAUUUAAACUGGAAAAUGAAUAUGAAAGAAUGACCUGGCCUUCAGUUUUGGAUAACUUUGCAUUGAUAUCUGGUCAGUUGAGCACUUUAAAUAAAGUGCUUAAGAAUGAGAAGACACCAUUACUGCGCAAUCAAGUUAUCAUCCCUCUGCAGCUCACUCAGGAACGUGAUGAGGAUCUUCUGAAAAUCACAGAAGGCAGAGUCCCAGUGUUCAGUCAUGAAGUGGUACCUGAUCACCUCAGAACAAAGCCUGACCCAGAAGUGGAGGAACAAGAAAAGCAGUUGAAUGCAGAAGUCGUCCGUCUUGGUGCAGAAGUGGCUCAGAAGCAGAUUCAGUGUCUAAACAAAAUGUGUGCCAACUUACUGGAGAAGCUGAGCAAGGAAGAACGAGACUCUGAAAGUGCAAAUCUCCGCCAGACUAAACCGUCUUAUAAUCUUGCUGAUACCAAUGCACUAGUGGCAGCUGUUACAUAUGGAAAGGGACUCUCGAAUCGUAGGCCACAAGGGCCUGGUGGUUCUUUGCCACCUGGACAGUCAGCAGCUGGACCUGUGAUAGCAGGAAACAUACCUCAAGUACCAAUAUCUACUGCUGGACAACAGCCUGUGCAGACAGGUGUCGCACAGCAACAGGGCAAGAUGCCAAGCAGCAUAAAGACCAAUAUCAAGUCUGCUUCAAUGCACCCAUAUCAGCGAUAGACAUACCUGGCAAGUCUUGCACAGAUAAAGCAGGACAGCUGAACUCUAGAAACAAAAUCUUUACAGAUUUAUUGACUGGAACUUGGGACUUAGACCAACUGUUUAUAUCGUACUUGGGUAUAUUGCCACUGUUUGGUAUUGCUUCAGUACUGGAGCUAGAAGUACAACAGUGUUCUGCAUCUGUAAUAUGAAACAGAAAAGUGUAACAGAUUUAAAAGCUCUUCUGCCUUCAGACAGCAUCUGUAAAUCAGAAAGAAAUAUGGCAUUGUGAAAACUUGUAUGGACUUUUACAUUUCUGAUGUUACUGGCUGUAACUCUGGCAAGGCAUUCAUAAUUUCAUAACCAGGGACAUCACUGAGGUUUCCAGAAUCCUAAGAUGGAAGUGUGUGUGUAAAGUUUUUAUUGGUUAUUGCUUAUCCCCAAAAAUAAACAAAACUUGUCACUGUAGCCUUCAUAUAUGCCACCCUUUUUGAAGUUCAUGCUUAAGCUGCCACCUUGAAUAUGACUUUGUAGGCCUUUUGCAGCUGGAUAACUUUUAGGGUUUCCUCUGCUGAUAUAUACAUACUCUUGCAACAAUCUGAAUUUUGUGUAACCCUGAGAACUCUGAAUUCCCUACAGCCAGUAUGUAUUAUGACAGGUAGUGCCAGACUAUGAGGGAGUAUCCAUCCACUGAUCUCACUAGCUCUUUUGUGCAACUCCCACAUAGUUUGAAUAUUUUUCUUAAUGUUCAUUGUAGGGAAGUUCCUGUGCCUGAAUAUCAAAAAUGUUGAAAUUUUUCUAAAAGUUCUUGUGGAUGUCAGAUUUUUAGUUACAACCUUCAUUGUCACUUUUUGCACUGCUUCAGAAUGAGGCACAACAUGAAGCCUUAUUCUGAGUGUCCAUGCUUAACCCUGACUAUGUGUAGGAGAUGUAGAGAAGAAACUAAGGCAUACAUUAUUGUAGAGAAGAUGGUGGGCCAAUGCUGGCCUAACUGGAGAAGGUAAGAGAGCCAUAUGCCAGAUUUCAGACAUUGAUGGAAAUGUUAUGGGAUAUGGUACGGUGCAACCAUGAGACAUCUACAUAGACCAUCUCACAUUCAAUUGCCCAAGGCUUAGCUAUGUGAAGUAAGUCAGCUGAAGUGGCAUAAUCAUUUAAGUUCCCCAUGAAGGCUUAGUAGUAAAACUCUGAUCAGGGAAUCGACUCCCCACCUCCACCCCAACUUAAGCACAACUUGCUACUUAGGGCCAUGGAGACUUAAGUGGCUUUUCCUUCACCAUGUGGGCACAUAGUCAUUUUUCAAACAAGUGGACAUGUGAGUGAACUAUUCAUUUGAUGGGAUUUGUCCUCAUGGUUCCAUGUCAUUGUUAGAUCCUGUGCAGGCAUAUCAUGAUCAAGUGCUGCAUCUGCCAUGUACCACAAUGGCAUUGGAGCAUUGUCACCUAACUUCUCUUACUUGCCUAUCACUCGUUUAACAUCAUAAGAGUAAGGUAAGGUGAGGUGGCUGAAUGACCUGCCUGAAUCUGAAGUUAAGGAGGCUGUAGAAAAGACUUUUACCACAGCUUCUGCAAUGGGCUUUCAUAUAGUCUGCUAUAACUUUGAAUGUGCUAAUGCUGUAGCCAGUGCAAAAGGCUUUGGAAUGUGGUUGUGUCAGAUUCCAUGUUUUGGUUUUCCUCAUUUAAUGAUGAGCUGAUUAAGGCCACUUUUGAUUCACCUAUUCUGGCAUGGUGUUCUCUUUGUAAAGGCCUGUUAGGACAUGUCUGAGGACCUCUAACAGAAGAAAUUGAUGUUUAAAAUAAUUGAGGGUGCCUUUCAUGUUUCUUCCAUUUUUCUAGUCUGCCCCAUUUCUCCAGGAAACAGCAGCAUCCAAAUCCUACAAAAUGAGGAGGACCUCAAAUGGCAGGUAGUUUUUUUCUCUUCUUGGUUCAACCACCUGUGUCUGUGAGAAAGAUGGUAUUGCUGGGGCAACAUUCUCAGUUCUGAAUGCUUGCAAGACCUCACAAGGAAGGCCAACCAGCAGGACCUCUCAUGGGAGGCUAGUUCUCAGAGCUUGGCCCAGCAUAGAGAACCAUCACCGUAAACUGUAGCUUGUAAAUAUAGUUAUGGGCAUCUACAACAAAGUAAUUGUGCCUUCUCACGGAAGGAGCUGUGUUUGAUGGACCAGUCAAGUCUUUGUAAAGCUCUUGGAACUAGCCCAGACUCUACUGCUCAAAGAACCAUGUAGAAUUAGCUUAUGCUUAAUGGUUAAGAUCUUUACCUUAGAGAUGCAAGGUACAGGGUUUGAUUCUCACCUUGGAAAGGGAAAUUGGACAGGCUUAAAAUGACUCCUAGGGCAACUAGCCUAGUACUUGCCUAUAAACUUUUGGCAAAAUGCUGUAUUCCCAUCCUUUCCUUGUUCCAAAGUGAUAAGCGACUCCUGUUGUAUUCUGGACUUCAUUGACUUAAUACGCACUUCUGGUAUGUCAGAUUCCAGGUAGCAAUUCUCCAGAGCAUCAUGCCUGUACUGCAGCAGAAUGUAUGUGGACAUGAUAGUUGCCUUUUCAGUAUUGUCUUGGGUCCUGACAAGGUGUUAUUUUCUUUCACUGUAAAUGGACUUAACUGUCAUGUCAAGGUUUUGCUGUUUGGUGUCUAUUUUGCACCUAGAUUUUAACAUGAUGAUGUUCAGUGUGAAAGAGGUCUUGCAAGAGAAAAGCCUUCUGUGCUCCCCUGCCUUGAUAGCAGGCUUCUAGGAGCCCAGUGAAGAGUUCCCUGGUAGCAUCUUAGACUUAGGUGCUACAUUGAUUUAGGCUGUCAGAGGGGGUUUCCGCUGUCUGAGACAAGUCCUCCUUAGUGUUGCCUAAAGGGUUGCAGUGGACCAAUGUUGUAUGGUCUUCAUUGUCAUUUGUUCUUACACGUGUAAAGAUUCGUGGAAGGCAUGGCUUUGAUAGUGUUAGUGGGAACACAAAGGAGGGUCCAUUUGUUAUUAGACAUGUAAAGAUCCUAAGAGGGCACAGCUUUGACAGUCUUGGUAACAAAAAACGGCAAUACCAGUAAAAUCACUCUUAGGACAAAGUGAUUACAUAAGAAAACAAACCAAAGAAGUGAUAUCACGGCUGGAAUAUAAAUCUUUAAUAUCAAGAGGUUUAAAACAAGUUAAAACAAUAAAAUGAGAUGAGCGCUUUCAGCGUAAAACCUUCUUCAGAUCUGGUUUCAAUCAGUGAGUGCAGUAUUAAAUGAGGGCAAUAACCUAUCAUAAUCAUCUCCUCAGGCGACGCCUCCUUAACAUAGACUUAAGGGGAAGUCACUUAAUCCUGGAUGCUAAUCAAACCUUAAGUCAGCUGUCCAUUUACUUUCUUCAAGCUCAGUAAAUUCCUUAAUAUUUCCUCCUCUUGGAUUACUGUAUACCCAUUGCAAUGCCAUAAAUUGAAAGUCAUAUCGAGGAUUUGAAAUUAUAUGUUUACUUACGGCAUUGGUGGUUACUUUGUUUCUGAUAUCUCUCAAAUGUGGUUGAAUUCGGGUUUUAAAUGGGCAGUUGGUUUUCCUGCAUAAAAACUUGCACAUACCAUGCAUUUUCCCACAUAAAUUAUGUUCUUAGUCUGACAGUCAACAUAGGCUCUAGUUGUAUAACGUCUACCUUUCACAGGAUGUUCAAAAUAUCCAUCAGAUAGUGUAUAGCUGCAUAUACUGCAAUGUCCACACCAGAAUGUACCUGUUUUACUGAUCACAGGGAUGUUUUUCUUAAGGAAUGAAUCCUUACAAAGUAAUUGCUUAAGAUUUGGUUUGUUCUUGUAGCAAAAUGUAGGUACACCUAUGAUUAUCCGUAUGUUCUCAUCUGCUGUUAACAUUUGCCAGUUCUUGCUUAUUACAUUACGAAUGGAGCUAAUAUUACUGCUGUAAGUUAAUGUGCAUCUCAUAUUGGGAUAUGAUUCAUCUCUUUGUUUGCUCCCAUUCUGGGGUCCCCUAUGAAAGUAUGGUUUGUCCUUGGUACGUUGUAACUGUGAGGCUUGACAUGCUAUCAUAUUAAUUUCACCAUCUUUAUAACCUCUUCCCGACAACUUUUUCUUUGAUUCAAGUGCAUCCUUUUCAUAGACUUCAUCUCUGAUAUUUAGUCUGGAUUGCCAUAGGAAUUUGUUCUUGAUGACCUGUGGAAAUAUAUGCUUGGGAUGCAUACUAAUUCGAUGCCAAGAAUUGUUCCUCCAGCAUUCCUUCCUGUAGGUACAGGUCUGUAUCUUUCCAUCAGUGUCAUUCAGUAUAGUUACAUCUAGGAAAUCAAUCCUAGAUUCGGAUGUUCGGACAUCAAAAUCCAAAAAGUCAUUGGUGGUUCUUGGGUAGCCUCUGAACAUAUUGAGUUGCACUAUAUCAUAUAGUCUUGGUGGGAACAGAAAGGAGGGUCGAGGUUCAGAUUCCUUUGCAUCCCUUGGGCCUUAUGCCAGCUGUGUUCUUAAUGGUUCCGUUGGCUUGCUUUAAGAUGCAGAUGUACAGUGGGCUGUUAGAUGAAGUUAUCACACUCUUAUGUAUAUUCUUGUAAAGCCAGACCAUUGUCUAUAGGCUAAGGAAUCAGGUGGAUUAUUAGCAUUUAUAUUAUAAGCUGUUGCAAUAGAAUCCUUUGCAGUUCCUGACAACCAGUGGUUUCAUUUGCAUGUUGAGGACCUCACUUGAUCUCUCUCUCUUGUUCAGAUAAGGUGUGCCUACAGUAGGAUAAAACUGUGAUCACAUCCCAGGUGACCCAUGUUUGAUUAGUGGCAUUGGUACUGCUGGAGCUCACUGAGGUAGGAUGGGAGUUGGUAGCCACUGCCAGACCCUUUCUUUGGGUAGGGUGACAGUCUGGCCCACUGCUUGGCUGACACUUACAAACAUGUAGUUGUAUAGUUACAGCAUCUCCUCACUGCUCUGCAGUGGUAAUUAUGACUGCAUGCUUGCAUCCUCUGUAAACAGUAGUUUUAGUCACCUAAUGGGAGUUAAUUUUGGGAUCAUGACUCCUAGUGCGUAUGUUGGCUUCCACCCCUGAUUCACUCAUCUCUUCCCCAAGGGAAAAUUAGUAGGUUGUAGGUCUCACACCCUGGAAAGUGAACGGAUUGGGCUAGGUGUUUGAUGUUCACUGGAGGAUGAGGAUAUAUUUAAAAAAAAAGAAAAAAAAUGGUGGGCCCCUGGGGGGAGUCUUCAUGUAACCUAUUGUAACUCUGACCUGUGAACCUUGCUUUCAGUGCUGUAGAAGGGGAGAUGAGACCAGUAUCCCUACUGCUGCUGUUGGACACCCAGGCCACAGGGUGGUACAGGAGCAGCAGAGUGACAAGCACUUGCACCUUAUUAAUAGAUUAUGUUGGACUUGUAUUAAGCUAUAGACCUGGUCAUUAUACAGACAACUGUUCGUAUCCCAAGGGAGGUGAAAGUGCUGGAGGGAAUGAUUGAGCCAUUAUUCCAAUCCUGUGCUGAGCUGAGUAUAAGAUAGUUCUUUCUGGUCAAGGUCUUCUGGGAGUGGGUACCUUGGAAAGCGACAGUUUAGCUGUACAAGGAGAAUAAGGUACUCUCCCUAUUCUACUCUGUACAGCAGAGAAAGGAGAGUUAUUGGUGAAUGGGUUCACCUUUCUUGUUGGUGGGGAAGAUAUUUAUACACCUUUCCAUCUGAUUACAUGCCUUGUCAGAAAAUUCAGAGAAAAAAAGACAAAGUUCAUUUUUGUUACAUUGUUACGACAAAGAAGGGUGUGUUUUCAGGCUGUUCGGUGACUGACAGCAAUAGAAACUAUCAUAGUAUAUGCCAAGGAAGUGCUUUUCAUUUGGGGUGACAGUGGGUUCCACCUCGAGGUUAGUCAUUUUGUAAAUGAUAUUUAGCAGUGGCUAGUUGAGCAGUUCCUUAAGUAUGUAUUGCAUCUUUGUCUGCAUUUAAAGAGCUGUUCUUAGCCUUGGGACUUGAACUUCAUCUGACAAUGUUGCCCAUUUUUAUUUUGGCCAACCUUUAGCAGCUCUUGGGAUGCUAUUUUCUUCUGUCUCAUUCUGCCCCCUGUUUGACUGGAGAGUUGAUAUUGGAUAUUAAACAAACAGGCCAUUAAUUCCCCAUUAGUGUGGUAAGGAUCAACCAGUAGGGACCAUUAUUCAGGCAGCCAUUGUGGUGGUACAGAAUUUUCAUGUGCUACAAUAUCGCCGCAUGCACAUGGGGGAAAGCAUCAGGGAAUGGGUUGCAGCAAAGGAAAUCUCUUCACUUCUUAAGGGUCAUGUCCUGUUAAGGGAGCUCUGCUUCUCCCCUGAAAUAGGAGUGGUGGUUUUCACUGUUCUCCACCAGGGAAUUGCACUACUGCCCCCCCCCCCAAGUGUGCUCAACCUUCUCCAUCCCCUAUGUGAGAACAGUGGGCCAAGCCUCUUCACUCCCUUCCUGCUUUGCUUUUCUAGUGUUAAGGUCACUAAUUGAAUCCUGGUUGCCUGGGUCGCAAUUAUGGCUCUAUCCAUACCACUCAACUGUCCAUAUUUUCGGAUCCCAUUUUUCAUGUAGGCCUCAUAAAAUUUGUGAUUUUCUUGCAAAUCCCUGAGGACUGUAGUCUCAAAUUAAUGACAUGUACUCGAAUUUCAGACUUCAGAAAAUGCACUGUAACCCAAACCCUGUUUUUCUAGCAACUUUCUAAGUUUAUAAGAGCAGUAUUUGAAAUCUGUCCAUAUUUUGGGGCUUUACCCCACACCCCCCCCUCCAUUACUUUAGACCUUGCCCAGAUUUCUUGUGUGAAGAGGUUGCGAGGAAUGGUUCCAUCCCUUAGCACCAUGAAGCCAGGCUAGAAGAUGCUUUUCUUGAUAGCCAUAAGAUCUGAGAGCUAUAUGCUUUUAUUUUUAGGAAACCCUUUUUUGUCCGUCACAGGACUGUCUCUCCCUUAUACUCACACAGUGUUUACUCUGCAUGUGUUUUCAGUAUUGUCCUUGAGACAUUCCUUUUGGCAUCCACUUUUUAUCCCUGAAAGUGGUUUCAGAACUGUUUGUCAGACCAGUCCAUUCCUUUUUUUUUUUUUUUUUAAUAUCAGGUUUAGAAAUUAUUUUAAGUUGCAUUAGUUAUUAAUGUAUUAAGUAUCAAAACUGUAAGUUAGGGUUUUACAAGGAUUACUGUACUAAAAGUAUAUAUUUUUUAGUUUUACAUACAGUUGUGUGUUGUGACUGUUAAUUAAAAACGUGUAAUAUGUUUCUCAGCCUGAAGAUGUUGUAUUGUUUCUGUACAGGUAUCUACAAGUACAUUGGUAUGGUUCACUGUUUUUAUUUUUUGCAGUUUCACCAUAACCUGAUAGGGCUUUUUUAAGAUGGUCAUGCCAUUGUUCAGGCAGUGCAUCCAUUUUAACAGUAAUAUUCAAUUUCAUGCACUAAGGUUCUUAUGCAUGGUUGCGCAUUAGUGCUUUCUCUUUUUAGCGCUUGUAUAUUACUAGUUAACAGAAUGUAUAGUUUGGUGAGACACACACACUCCAUUUGCAGACUGUGGCUGAGCAAGUCACUUUACCUACCAGACAUUGCUCCAGGAUUGUUCCUGAAAAGCAGGUUUUGUACAUAGUAGAACAGAUGAACAGUUAACAGAUGAAUAAACAUCAAACAGUAAAGCUCUCA